GCUACACUAAAGCUACCUCUGCCGCGAAACUCCACGUGAACAUGUUUUUGGCAGUGAGUGGAUCCCAAACUUAUGAGUGAAAUUGAAGUUGAUUCGCAGUGCAUGGUCGAAUUGUAGCCAAUUAAAUUGGUUUUCAAAGUGCGCGGUACUGAAAGUUGGCCAAAAGCGUGAAUUUCGAAAGUGUGUUUGUGUAGGUGCUGCAGACGCGGCGCUCAACAUGUGAGGUUAAAGCAGACGGACAAACAGACGGCGGCAACAAAGCUAAAAACAAUUGUGAUUGUCGCCCAAUUCCACAAGAAUUUAUCCAGUGCUCGGCACCAUAUACGAUUUUAUAAGAUUCACAAAGCAUUGAAAAGAAAUGGAUUCCCAACUGAUGAACGUUUUCCAUGAGGAUCCUUUUGAAGGAAACUUCGUCAAAUACGAGACAGAGCCAAACUUCUGGUCCCCCAACGAUGAUCUGCAGCUGACGGACACGCUCAAUGGCAUUCUGCCCAUCGCCCCCACAGACGAGUCGCUUCUCAAUCACAGCCGCGAGGAGGAUCUGCAGAACAGAAGGAAUAUGCUGAUGUACAGUGAAUUCGUUGAACAGCAGCUCAGCGACCAGAAUGGCAGCCAGCUGAGUGCUCAGGUCUAUCAGGCCAUGGACGACAGCGAAGUCGAUGUCUAUGACCAGCAGCGUCAACUGAGCGCCAUUGUGGAAUAUGAUGUCAUGGAAUCGGAGGACGAGGAUGCCCGGAGCCAGUGCAGCGUCUCCACGUUUAGGACUCGCACAGAUAGCUCGUCGAUUGGGGACUACGAGUCGCAUUCCAGCGAUUACGAGGACGAAGUGGACGACGACAUUGUCGAAGAUGACUGCAAGUCCAGUAAGGGAGGCCAUACUGCCCCAAUUCAGAGUUUCGAGGAUCGCAAGAACCGAACUUUGAGCACCAACACCAUCACCUCGGAAGUUGAUGCCUUCGGGCUUAACAUAGACGUUAAUAAUUUUGACUUAGCUGACUUUAUAACCAAAGAUGACUUCGCGGAGAACCUGAACGCGUGUCGCAUGAAGCAGUCGACGGUUCCUAAGAAAUCUGCUGUUCAGGCAAAAGCAUUAGUUGCUUCAUCUGCGCAACAUUCGGCGUCAGUGACUACCAUGUCGCUGGACUCCGAUACCGAAGACGACUCCGAUUCUAUAAUUGACGUGGAAACCAUCGAUGUUGUCGACGUUGACGAGUCCGUAUGGGCUGACCAGGCCGCAACUGCUGGGGAUGAUUUGUGCUAUACCGAUAAUGUCAAGGCUGACCCUUCAUGGUGCCCUAAGGCUGCAAAGAAGCCCACGCCAAUUGCAAAAGAGCACAAAUCCCCAGAAGUGGAACCUGCUGUUGCUCCAGCAGCACCUGUCACCAAACCGAAAACGGCAAAUAUUUGCUUGGUUCCCAGCAAGAAACAAUGCGAUUUUCUGAAGCGUAAAGUGGGAGUCACUACGACCACGUCCAAAGCAAGCAAGGCGGCGACAAAAAAAGUACAGGACGCUUUAAAAUCGACAAGCACGAAGCCGGUGGUAAAGCCAGUUAAAGCUACAGGCCUCGGCUUGGGUGGAAAAAACUUGGCGCUGCUAAAGCAGCAAAGGGAAGGCGCUGCCUCUCAAGAUGCGGUCAAGGAAUCACCAUCACCGGCACCUACAACCGUACUAAUUCCGUUACCGGUGCCGGCUCCGGUCCCCAAGCGAAAGCUCAAUCUAGAAGAGUACAAACAGCGCCGUUGUGGCGGCGAUUCAAUUCCCAAAUCGAAACCUACUCCACCUAAGCAGCCGAAGCUGGACGCCGGCAGCAAAGUAUUGCCGCCAGUGGCUAUUGAGAAACCCUCACUACCUCCAUCCCCCCAGAAGACAGCCAUAGCGAAAAUAGUGAAUAGCCUGAAGUGCCCGAGCAAGGUGGCUGACGCCGUACCCAUGGACCCAAUUACUGUUGCCAAGAACAAGGUCCUGCGAAUGCUCGAGAUGAAGCGAGCCCAACAGCUGAAAAUAAUAGAUUCUCGGGUUUCCGCAAAGGUGCCUCGCGUCACAAAGCUACCGCCACUCAAGGACAUUGUCAAGGGCACCUAUUGCAUGGAAGUAGAGCCAGCCGAUACCCCAAUCACUGCGCCCAACAACAAACUCCACCCGGAUUAUGAGGAGAUAAUUAUAGUAUCGGUUGGUAGCAACACAGACAUAACGAUUCCACCGAACCAGAUCAGUAAGGUAUCGCCCCGUUCGCUCCUAAAAUCAUCUGUCCUCCUGUAUAAUAUUUCGAAUGGCCAUGAUGCUGCCACGAACAUGAACAACUCUUUGCUGGCCAGCAUACAGAGUGAGUUGGUGAAACAAACCGGCAGCACCAUACUGCCCACCUUUGCAUCGAAGCCCGAUCCGGUCAAGAAUCCGGUCGACAAGAAUGCCCAGCACGGCGAGGAUAUGAUCAUAAUGCACUUGCCCAAGGACCGUGUGCGCAAGACACUGGUCACCAUGGAAACUCAAACGGACUUUCAACCGGAAUUCCCCGUGUUGGCUCUGCCAAAGUCUGAACUAACUGCGCGAAAGUCCCGGGAGCGCGUUAAGAGAAAAUAUCGCAAACGGCGUAACGACACGGCUUCGGGCUCUUCCAGUGGGUCAUCUUCGGAUUGCAGUAGCCUGGACUCCUAUAGGAGUCGGUCGCGUUCCAAUUCCGUUGAAAGGCUGCGCAACUUGGAGGCCUCUGCCGUGGGUGAGGGAAGCAGUAUUGGAAAUUGUGGCUACUCCUCGCGCAGUACUCACCGUCAUCGCAGUUCGGUUAGCUCGUCCUCGUAUUCGGAGGCCGGAGAACGCAGGCAACGUCGUACCAGUUACAAUAAACGGCGUGCUAAAAACCAGAAACCCAGCAAGUUUUCCAGCUCUGGCUCGGAGAACAGCGACCACGAAGGAGGUCGCGGUCUCAGUCCGCACAAUAGUCUGCAACCAAAGUCUGAUCCACGCUUCCCCAACGAAGUCUGCCAAAACAACAACAACAAUCGACGUGGAUUCAUGGAUCGCAACGUCUCACAGCCGGCUGUGGAGGAGCGGAGGAUCGUCUAUGUUGGGCGAAUAGAACAAGAGACCACCAAAGAAAUGUUACGCCGUAAAUUUCUGCCAUAUGGAAGCAUUAAGCAGAUAACAUUGCACUACAAGGAAAAUGGAAUGAAGUACGGCUUUGUGACGUACGAAAAGGCGCAGGACGCUUUCACAGCCAUUGACACAAGUCCUAGAGACUCACAAAUCAACAUGUAUGACAUUAGCUUCGGAGGGCGACGUGCAUUUUGUCGCGCCACCUAUGCUGAUUUGGAUAAUGCUGGUAUCAACACUUACGACUCUUAUGUGUACCCAAAGGAGGCACCGGCUCCGAAAGUUCGGGAGGACUCGUUUGAGGCUCUCUUGUUGAGUGUUAAAGCUAAGCUGAACUCUGGAAAGGCUGCCACACCUGCCCCUGCGGAGGCCCAACCAGUUGCACCAUUUGUACCUCAGGACGAGCAUCGCAUGUGACAUUUUUGCAAAAACAUAAAUGUUGUUUUUAACUUAUUUCUGAGAGGGUGAAGUUAGUGGCGAGCACCCUACCAACGUUUAUACAAAUCGAACUGUAUGUUCCCCAAAGUUGCUAGCUGUACAGUUUAAAAGCCUGAUUAUUAUUCAUAAUUUAUCGUAAAAUAGUUGACAGAGCUAUGCAUUGCAAGCAAUAGAGCAAGCAUGCAGUUGCAAUAUUCGGUAGAACCCUAAAUGGAAGCUAAAAACAAAACAAGAACUUGAAAAGAAAAUGGAAUUGUGAUAACCGCGUAAUGCAUACAAGUCAAAUAUUGCAUGUAAGUUAGCAGAUCCAUAGAUUCAUAGAUCCAUAGACAUAGUUGAAUCCACUCAAAAAAGCUUUGUAACAGUCUAUCUAACAAGCCAAUGGAACUGAAUUUAAAAUAACACAAAGAAUAAGUUGAAGCCACAACUACUAAAAUACAAACACACAAAAACAAAGUAACAUGAAAAGAAGUAACAAACGAAACAAAUGCAAGAUGUAAAUUUAAAUUAUCCCACAAAAUCGUAGUAUAUAUUUUUGAGAGAGUAAGAAAGUCGCAUGCAGCAUGCGCCGGCCACGAAUUAAACUGUUGAUAAUUAAACUUUGAUAUUAGUUUGUAAACAGAAUUUAUAUACGUACGUUUAUUUACUCGGUACCCUUUGAACAACAUCCAAAAAUGCCAGAAGAAAUGCUGCCCCCAUCCUCUAGCUACUUUUUAAAAUUUCCCCUCAAAAUAUUUGCCAACAAUCAAUAAUUUUGAAUUAUUUUUUUCCUGAAGAAGUUAAAACCCUAGGUUAGAGGGAACAAAAUUGUUUUUCUACUUGUUUAUCAAAAUACCUACAUUUAGUUUUCCUUUUGUCAUAGUUAAUUUAGUUGGAACUAAUUAAAAAGUAAUAAGUUUAAACAAGGUAGUGUUUGUAACAUGAAGUGCCGAUGAACACGUUGAAAAUUGCGACCUAUUUGUAUCCUAGACUCAACACAUUGUAUUUUUAUUAGCAACAACAAAUUGUUCUCUAAGUUCUUUUGUACUAUUCUCCUAUUUGAUAAUUUAAUAAAAAAGUGUUUGCUUGUCUCAGCAAUAUGAA